AAUGACGAAAGCAAAACAAAAAUGAAACAAAAUAAAUCGCUCAUCUCAACUCUCAAGAAAGAAAGAAAAUAAAAAAUCGUGCAACAAGAAUAUAAUUGGCGAAUUUCAUAACUAUGCAUUAUCUGUCAGUUUAAUCACGACACACAGUAUCUGAAGAUACACCAGUCUUCAGAUUCUCUCUGAUUUUCCAGUCAAAAGAAGCAAAAUUUUAGCUGCUAGGGUUUCCUUAUUUUAUAAUCAGCAUGUCUUUGGGUACUUCCCAAGCAGUUUAUCAGAUUCUGUCUAGGGUUGUGCCUCAAUCUGGGUAUAAUGAGCUUUAUGGGAACACUUCGCAGUUGCGAGUAAAAUGUAGGAAGAAACUGUCUUCAAGGCGUAGGUUUUUAAUCGAGAGCUCUACUUCUAGCCAGUUAAGACCUCAUCGAUUUCCGUUGACUGCUGUCAGUUUUUGUGACUAUAAGACCUAUAGUCAUCCGCGGUUACAGACAUGCAAAUGCCAACAGGCUGAAAAUCUGAGUGGCAUAACUUCAGGAGAUGGGAACGGGGCGAGGUUUGCGAGUGACGUUGAGAAAUCAAAUUUGGUAAGCAAUGUGAUGAGUGCCAAGUCUGUCGUAGAGUUUGAAGAUGUUCAAUUGUUGAAACAGGAAAAGGAGAUUUUGUCGUCUAAUAUUACAAAUGGGAAUAUCUCGAAAAACUUUGACUCUGUUAGCAUCAACUCCAUUGAGGACGAAGCGUGGGAUCUACUGAGGGAGUCUGUAGUUAAUUAUUGUGGCAAUCCUAUUGGAACUAUUGCUGCAAAGGAUCCAAACAGUACCAAUGUUUUGAAUUAUGACCAGGUCUUUAUUCGGGAUUUUAUUCCUUCUGGAAUCGCUUUCCUAUUGAAGGGAGAGUAUGAUAUUGUUCGUAAUUUCAUUCUUCAUACGCUUCAGUUGCAGAGCUGGGAGAAAACAAUGGAUUGUCAUAGUCCAGGACAAGGUUUGAUGCCUGCUAGUUUUAAGGUUCGGACAGUUCCUCUGGAAGGGGAUGACUCUGCAACAGAAGAGGUUUUGGAUCCUGACUUUGGAGAGGCAGCCAUUGGCCGUGUUGCCCCUGUUGAUUCCGGAUUGUGGUGGAUUAUUUUACUACGAGCAUAUGGAAAAUGCUCCGGAGAUUUAUCAGUUCAGGAGAGAGUUGAUGUGCAAACAGGAAUUAAGAUGAUUUUGAAGUUGUGUCUUGCUGAUGGCUUUGACAUGUUUCCAACAUUAUUAGUAACUGAUGGUUCUUGCAUGAUAGAUCGAAGGAUGGGCAUACAUGGGCAUCCUUUGGAGAUCCAGGCCCUGUUUUAUUCUGCCUUACUUUGUGCACGUGAGAUGCUUACUCCCGAGGAUGGAUCAGCGGAUCUCAUACGUGCACUGAACAAUCGUCUGGUAGCUCUUUCAUUUCAUAUUAGGGAAUAUUAUUGGAUUGAUAUGAAAAGAUUAAAUGAAAUUUAUCGUUACAAGACAGAGGAAUACUCGUAUGAUGCAGUUAACAAAUUCAACAUAUACCCAGACCAGAUUCCUCCUUGGUUAGUGGAAUGGAUGCCAAACAAAGGAGGCUACUUAAUUGGUAACUUACAACCAGCUCACAUGGAUUUCCGUUUUUUUUCGCUGGGAAACUUGUGGUCUGUGGUUAAUAGUAUGGCCACAGAGGAACAAUCACAUUCCAUAUUGGAUCUUAUUGAGGCCAAAUGGUCGGAUUUGGUGGCAGAGAUGCCACUAAAGAUUUGUUAUCCCGCUCUUGAAGGUCAGGAGUGGCAGAUAAUCACCGGAAGUGAUCCUAAGAACACGCCUUGGUCCUACCAUAACGGAGGCUCCUGGCCAUCACUGCUCUGGCAGUUCACAGCUGCAUGCAUAAAGAUGAAUAGACCACAUAUUGCUGCAAAAACUGUUGAAAUUGCUGAGAGGCGUAUAUCAAGAGACAAGUGGCCUGAAUACUAUGACACAAAAAGAUCCCGAUUCAUCGGAAAACAAUCUCAACUGUUUCAGACAUGGUCAAUUGCCGGAUACCUUGUGUCAAAGCUGCUGCUUGCAGACCCAAGUAAAGCAAACAUUCUGAUAACUGCAGAGGAUUCCGAACUUGCGAAUGCUUUUAUUACUGCCAAUCCAAAAGGAAAGCGUGGGAGGAAAAAUUUGAAGCAGACCUACAUUGUAUGAGUGUUUGAUUGCAAUUCAUUUGGUUCUUUUUGGUCAUCUGAUAGGUUUAUGUCCCAUUUAUUAUUCAUAAUCUACUUCAUUUUUCUUCUGAUUAGCAGCAUAUUAUUAUAGAAACAGUAUGCAAAAUAUAUAGGUUUGAUUAUGAUGAAAUUGUGUUAUACUAGUAAAUGUUGUAUAUGUAAUGGAAACAUGUUAAUACUUGAGGACCGAGUAGCAUGCGGAAGAUACAGUUAAUCUAGAUGAUGAGAAA